AUGGAGUUGGGUGUUUUAGUCGUGCUCAAAGGGGGUACAGCGCCCGAGGCCUUUGUGGUGUGGGCGGCGAUCCAAUUGCACAGCACCGGCCCAUCGCUAACGGCCACUCUGGAGCAGCUUCCCAUCUUCAGGGAUGUGAAGAUUCCCUCCUUCAAGGACGAUUUGCAAGCCGCUGCAGCAGAUGCGAGCAUCAGCGCUGCUCUGCCCAAGUACUUUGACAGACCACCCGCCCUGAUAAACAAGCUGGUUCAUCCGGUGGACGGGAAGGGUGGAUCGUCCUUCGCCUGGUCUCGCGUGGAAGAGUCUCAGCUUCCUGAUCUGCGCCCAACGCAGCUGCUCAGCUGGAAGGAUGCCUGCACGGUUGCCGGCACGGCUGAGCGAGAGUACGUGGAUGCGAUGCUCUUCGCAAGAAACAACGAAGCGGAAGAAAGGGAAGAUAUGGCGCUGAAUGAUGACCCCCGAUUUCGCAGGGGGACAAGCCGAAGCUCCGCAGGAAGUGACUCCGUAGAUGACGAGGAUGUUGGCUUCGACGCAAGCCUGGGCGCGGCAGUGGUUCAGCUUCAGGACCUCAAGCUGGAGGAUGUGGAUGUGGUGGAGUUCUUCAGUGGGGUGGGGGCGAUCUACCGUGAGCAGGGUCUUAAUGCUGCGCAAUAUGAUGUUCAGCGGAUGUCCAAGAGCUUGCGGAAAGCGCUCACGAACCUAGUCCGAAGACGUGACCUAGAGAUGACCAAGAAAUCUCGCAAUGCUGCCGGCAAGCUGAUCAUGGCCAACACCGACCCAAUUGACCUUGAGUCCAUGCUGCGGCUGAAGCAGGCGGCUCAGCUGAAGGAGAGUUUGGUUGUAGCACUUUACAACGCGGCGAAAACGCGGCGUGAUCUUGUCAACGACGAGGUGGCCAAGGCUUUAAAAGCUGCCGGGCUUCGGGUGGACGAGACCGAGGUGUCCAAAGCUUUAAAAGCUGCCGGGCUUCGGGUGGAGGAGACAGGUGGAACAGGUGAUGAGCAUGAAGGGCCAGGUGCUCGCGUCAAGAUCACCAAAAAGACCUCGCCUACAGCCCUCACUCCUGCUCCCAAGAAGGUGAAUCCUAGUACUGUAGUGGCAAGACCACUAACCGUGGUGCCUGCAAAGGCAAAGGCGGAGUUCGGUGACGAGCAGCAAGCGGCUGAAGGGGGGAGUCGUGUGGCAACAUUCAUGGCUACCUCGCCCAAGGAUGUGGAUAUGGAUGAUAGCGCUGGCUUGGCCGCAGCUGCAGCAUCCAGCGCUAGCACCUUGGAAGGUCUUCAGCGUCGUCCGGAUUCUAUGACUACUGUGGGAGAAGAUGAAUUCAUGGAUGGGCUGGACGAGCUCCAGAGGAUGUACCUUCUUCACAGGAGGAGAGCCGGGAAGAGAUUCCACCCGGCCAGCCACACGGAAACCUGCAAAAACUGGACAUGGAGCAAGACGUGCCUCCACCUCAUGGCGCAGCCUGGAGCCAGCCCAGAGCAGAAUUCCGGAAAAGGCAGCGAGCAGCAGAAUCCACACAAGAAUCCUGGAGCCACAGCAAAGCAGAAUCUGGGAGGGGCCCACCGAGAGCAGCAUCCGCACGAGAAUCCUGAAGCCACAGCAACGCAUCUGGGAGGGGCCCACCCAGAGCAGAACCCGCAGCAGAUUCCUGGAGCCGCAGCGCAGCAGAAUCCACGCAAGAAUCCUGAAGCCACAGCAGAGCAGAAUCUGGGAGGGGCUAGCUUACAUGAGGGAUCUGGCACAAGGCAGAAUCCGGGCCAGACGCUAGAUUUUGCAGCAGCAGCAGCAGCAGAACAGAAGGCUCACGAGGCUAGCUUGCCAGCUCAUCCAACUACCGGUCAGGGUGCGGUUUACACGGCUGUGGCAUCGGGUGCGAUUGCUGACCUAGUGUUUAACCGGGCAAGUACCUUUGAAAUCAAGAAUCAUCUCUUGGAGCUCAAAGAGGACGAAACUGAUGAUGAUCGGCUAUUUCGAAUUGCGCACAUGCUCUACAUGCGAAUGAACAGCCAGUCCUGCCCGCCAGAGGUUCUUGAUGUCGUGCGCAAGACCCACGGACCGCGCAAACUCGAACAAUUGUUCAUGGAAUACUUGCAGUGCUCCGGCCGAUGGCUUCACAGCCGCAUCGUGUUGGAGGCAUCCCAGACUACAAGCAAGGAGGUUCACAACGAAGAGGAAUAUGUGCGGUUUAAGGACCUUCGAGACCGUGAGGGCGAGGCGACAGCCAACAUCAUCAGGCAGCAGAAGAUUGAGUUACAGGCCCAGCUUCAAGCUCAAGACCCCCAGGCAGCGAUCGACACCCCAUGGAUUGCCUCUCACCCGGACUUACCGGGCAACAAGGACUUCCCACGUUAA